AUGGGAGCGGAGCCGCACGCUAUCGCCGGCAGUAGCCUUGCGGCGAGCGCGUCCGUCGACGGCUACAACUCGGCGGACGAACACGAGGUCGCCGUCAGCGCGCCCGCUGAGACGAUCGAGGCAUUUGCGGCGCGGAUGGCAGCGACGCGCGGCCUGCAGCUGGUGCCGAUGCUGCGCGAUGGCAACUGUCUCUUCCGCGCGGUGGCGGACCGCGUCUACGGCGACCAUGCGAUGCACGACGUUGUGCGCCAGCAGACGCUCGAUCACGUUGCGGCGGAGAGCGCGCACUUUUCUCCAUACGUCGCGGAGGACAUCCACACGUACGUCGCUCGCAAGCGGCGCGACGGCGUGUACGGCAACCACGUCGAGCUGCAGGCGCUCUCGGAGCUCUACAACCGGCGGGUCGAGGCGGCGCUGCUCGCCACAGCCGCCGCGGACUCGGACGCCGCAGCCACCGAGGCCGCCAUCGAGGCGCAGGCUCCCGGCGGCGGCAGCGAGGCGGACUCGACCUGCUCGGCGCUGGUGGCGAUGGGGUUUGCAGCGGCGGCGGCGCGCGAGGCGGCGGCGCGUUUCGGCGCCGACCUCGACUCGGCGGUGGAGUAUCUGGCCGGCUAA